AUGGAACAGGACAAGACGUCGCAUGAACCUCCCAGAAGUGUGGAAGCGGGCGACAGUACGUUUGCGCAGAAUCAUCCAGGAAACACGACGACACUGCUGGGCGACAUGAACGAGACGCUACCGCUGUUGCAGUCACAAUACAACACGACGUUUGGAAGCACGGCCAACAGCAGCGGGAACAUGAACACAACGGCGUACAAUCUGAAUGGAAGCACCAACAACAUCGGAGCUAAUGGUAUCAGCAGUAAUAUGCGAGAGGGGGCAGGCAGUGGCGAUGAGAGCGACAGCAAGCUGUCGCCGCAGUACCGGAUCGAGGAGCUGCAGCAGCAGCUCGAUAAAAUGGACGAGACGUACGACCCGGACUAUAUCAACGCUAAUGUAAACCCGGUGGACAACUUGAAUAUUCUUUCGUUGAUGGUUAUACGGGAAUGGGGCCAGCGUUCGGAGGGGACGCGGUGGCAAGUGUACUCCUUUGGGAGCUACCGGUUGUACAUACACGAGGUUAGUGAGCGAUAUGCGUUGCUCCUUUGCACAUCCUCAACGUAUCCGUCUGCUUUGGCUGUGUCUCGACUGAGCAGCCUAUGCUCGAUUCUCUCGAACAAGUUGUAG